AUGUCCAGUAGCUCGAUGCUGUCGACCGUCCCGAAUCCUCAAACCACGAGCUCAGUUCCACAAACAACAUCUAGCUCUGUUCCGAGUAGUUCUUCAUCCUCUGUGUCAAGCAGUGCUUUGAUGUCCUCGAGCUCCAUGCCAGCCAACAGCUCUACCCUCUCUUCUGCAAUCUCGAGUCUGGUGUCCGAGAGCGGCUCUUCUUUUUCUUCUUCAACCUCGACAGCAUCAACCAGCGUAUCGAUCAUCCGAGCAUCUGGUACGGCAGGCGCCUCUUCCACCGUCGCUGUUCCGGCCUGCGCAACAGCUGCUCGCUUUACGGUGAUCGGUGGUGCAGGUGGUGCCGGUGUGGUCCCCGUGACUCCUGGUCAGAUCAUCCGUGCCAUUGCAGGUGGAAGUGGAAGUAUAGGCACACAAGGACUGUCUGCCUAUGGAAAUGGUGGCCGAGGUGGUGCGAACUCUGGUGGUGGAGGAGCCGCAUCCGCACUCUACAUCGCAUCCGAUCUGAUUAUCGUCGCUGGUGGAGGUGGGGGUCAAGGUGGAGAUUAUAGAUACCCAGGUGAUGCCAACGACGGAACAGCCGGUACGGUUGGCAAAACUCGCACGCAGACCAACGCAAACGGUGGUGUGCUUUCAACUGCCGGCGGAGGUCAGCCUGGAACAAACUCUGCUGCAGGCGCAGGAGGUACAGCUUCUGGCUACAGCGAUGCUGCCGUCAACUAUGCAGUCACUUCGAACACCGACUUGACGUAUACCUCUGGCGCAGGUGGUGGUGGCUACUUCGGCGCAUCAGGAGUUAGGUCAGCCAUUUCUGGAGGAGGUGCUGGUGGAUCAAGCUUUGUGUCUGGGAAUGUCACCAACUCGACCCAAUUUCCUUCCGGAUUCAAUGUCGGACAGGUUCUCAUAAGCUUCAUAUAG